UUAUUAUUUAAAGUGUAUAUUUUAUUUGACGUUUUUAUCCCGCGAGUCAACACUCCGACAUGCCGCGUGUGACGCUGGACGAGCGGCCAUAGAAACAGUUAAAAUCUGGAACUCUCUUCGUGAAUCGACCGAACUUCUUGGUGCGUGAGGGACUGAGGUGACUUUUGUGCUUCGCCGCGGAAAGUGGAUCGUUCAGUUAAGCGUUCAUCGUGUGUUCCUGACGUAUCGUGACAGGACGUGGAGUGCGUAAGAACGGCGGAUUGUUUCACAAAUUCUCGUCGGAAUAAUACCUGCAGUAAGAUGUUACCAGUGGUCUUGUUUUUCGCUCUCUUGUCCCUAAAACCAGGAGCUACUUACAAGGGUCUCGGUGGUAAAUUGCUUCUGUUUCCCACCAAGACUGAUUCCAGUUACGUUAAACUCGUUCCCGAAAAGCCUCUGAGUCUCUCAGCGCUGACUCUCUGCAUGCGUGUCUCGACGGAGCUCCGGGGCGCGAGGGAGGUCAUUCUGUUUGCCUACCGGACGCCUGAAGACGGCGAUGAGCUGCACAUGUGGAGAGAGAAGGACGGCCGACUGUCCUUCUACCUCAGAGGCAACGGAGCAUUCUUCUACCUGCCUCCUCUCUCCACCUUCCAGACUCACCUGUGCGUCACCUGGGAGUCCGCGAGCGGUCUCUCUGCCUUCUGGGUGGACGGACGUCGCAGUGCGUUUCAGAUAUUUAAAAAAGGUUUCUCGACUCGUUCUGGCGGUACGGUUCUUCUCGGACAGGACGCUGAUGACUACGUAGGUGCCUUUGACGCGGAGCAGAGUUUUGUGGGAGAAAUCACUGAUGUGCAGAUGUGGGACUACGUCCUCUCUGGAAGUCAGAUUAAGGUGGUUUAUUCAAACCAGAAAACGUACGUGCCGAAGGGGAACGUGUUUGACUGGAACACCGUCAGAUAUCAUAUUUAUGGAAAUGUUCUAGUGGUCAAAGAUUCUGAUCAGGUGUGCACACAUUCGUGUCAGCAAAAGUAGAAAAAGUAAAUCACAGAGAUGUGAACUUAAAGUCCGCUCACUAUUUUUGUGGUGAACAAUUUUUCUGUGCAAAGUCAUUCCACAAAGAAAAACAAUUGCUUGCCUUUUUAAUGCAAGUCUUACAAUGCUCCUCCCCCUAAAAUGACGGGCCUGGGUGUCCUUCAUCAGAACUGAGCUUGAUAAAACCUCUUUUAAAUUUACAGAUCGGAAUAUUCUCCAAAAGAAGAUAAAGCUACAGAACUUGGUGUUUUAUAAUUACUUUAAGUCCUUAUUAUGUAACCUAGAGAGCGACUUAACGUUGUGUAACUGUUUUUGUGGUUAUAAGCUGGUUUUGUAAUGUGUGCUGUUAACUAUGUUGUUUAAUUGUCUGCAAACAUGGCUGCCUGCCUUUGCCUGGACAAAGAGUUUUUAAUCUCUGUGAAUGUUUUCCUGCUUAAAUAAAAGUGAGCGAUUGAUGACGCUUGAGCAUGACGUUCUUGACCACGCCCCGUUCACUUCUGAAUGAAAUGCCCACUUUACUACGGCCAAUCAAAUUGCAGUAGAAAAACAAGCCACGCCCUCUAUUUUCCUCACUCAGUGUUCUGUUUUUCCCUGAAGUACGUCACAAUACUGAAAUAAAAUUGGUCGCAAAAUUCUGGUUAACUUCAGUAGGGUUAGGGUUGAUCUACUACAGGUCUGAAGGAAAAUUAUGAAUUUAUGUUUUGAACAAUAUUGUCAUUUGAAUUGUAAAAUACAUGCUCAAACAUGGCAUUAAAAUGGAAUUUCCACGGAGCUUCUGAUGCACAACAGCUACCAAGGAAACAUCCUGUACUUCCAGGUAUAAACAAAUACUUAAUCGGACUCUAAAAAAACCAUUUGGAUAUUGCGGGAUUUGCGAUGACGCAUAUGCAAAUAUAUUUGCAUAUAACUGCUUCAAGAGCAGAUCUGUUGGAAAACAUUGAUCUCACUGCCAUGUGGUCACAUGGUUGAAGGAGCUCUUAAAAGUUAAAUACGAACUAGCGUGUCCACCUCUUUGAAGGGGUUUAAUCCAGACUG